CGGUUUGCCUUGAGUCGGCUUGGCAAACCCGAUUUUUUCAACCCACCAAAAACGCGCGACGCGAACGCUCUACAGACGCCCCGCCAACGCAAAAUGAUCCUCACAACUUGCGCCGCCUGCGCCGCCCCACUGGCCCACAACGCGCCGCGAUGCGUACGCUGUCACACAAGAUACUGUAACAAAACUUGCCAGAUGGACCACUGGCGCCGCGGCCACAAGCAGAUUUGUAAACGGAUUCACCGCGGCGGCAACGCUGAGCAAUACUACGCCGAAAAAAAAUACAAGGAGGCCGUCGCGGUCGCGGUCGAGGCGUGCGCGGCCGACACAAAGGGCCAGACGUGCUACAUCUGCACGCAGGCGCUCCACUGGAAGACAAAGGAGGGACUGGUGCGCAUGUGCGCGUGCCGCGGGACGGCGGGAUUUGCGCACGUGUCGUGCUUGGCGGAGCAGGCGAAGAUUUUGCUCGCGGAGGCCGAGGAGAACAAUUUGGAUCUUAAGACGCAGAAUGCGAGAUGGCAGCGGUGGGAUAGGUGCGGCCUGUGCGAGCAAAUGUACCACGGCCCCGUUAAGUGCGCGCUCGGGUGGGCGUGUUGGAAGACGUACUUGGGGCGGCCGGAGGAUGACGGGGUUCGGAUAAUGGCGAUGAGCGUGCUUGGGAACGGGUUAGCCCUUGUAGGACAACACGAGGACGCAUUGUCCGUGAGAGAUGCCGAGUUGUCUGCGUCACGACGCUUUGGUAUCACAGAACGACACAUACUCAUCGUCCAGGGCCAUAUUGCGAUAACGUAUGAGCAGCUUGGGCGGUUUGAAGACGCCCUGCGUAUACUAAAAGACGUACACUGUGGCUGUUUGAAGCUCUACGGCGAAGAACAUGAACGAACCCUCCGAGCGGCCAACAACUGCGCGAGGAACCUUGUACAUGCACAGCGCCACGAAGAAGCCAAAUCACGGGUGCGCACAUUGAUGCCCGUGGCGCGACGCGUUCUAGGUGAGAGUCACUCAAUCACUCUCACGAUGAGGCUUAUUUACGCGGGGGCGCUCUACCGAGACGACGACGCCACGCUUGAGCAUAUCCGCGAGGCUGUGAAUGAGCUCGAAGACGCAGAUCGGAUCGCGCGGCGCGUGUUCGGCGGCGCGCACCCGCUCACGAAAGGGAUGGAGGCCGAACUGCCACGUGCGCGAGCCGCGCUCCGCGCCCGCGAAACGCCGUCGACGAGUGCAUAA